AUGCCCGUUAACGGCCAGGAUAACGUUCAAGCGGCCGCUAGAUCCAGGAAGAUUCAUGAGGUGAAGCAGCACAAAUUUGUCGCUCGUCUGCUGCGUCAACCCACUUUCUGCUCUCACUGCAAGAGCUUUAUCUUUGGAUUUGGCAAGCAGGGAUAUCAGUGUUUGGGUUGUGAAGCCGUUGUGCACAAGCGCUGCCACGACAAGGUGAGCUGCAAGUGCAGCAAAGCGGAUGAGCCGGAAGCCGAGGAACAGGGCGCACUCAGCGAAGGAAAUGAGGCCCCACACGUCUUCGCCGCCCGCACCUUUCACAAACCGACAUUUUGCGAUCACUGCGGAUCUCUACUCUACGGUCUAGUCCGCCAAGGGAUGCAGUGCAACUCUUGUCACUCUAACGUGCACAAGCGCUGCCACGAGAAUGCAGCGCACAACUGUGGCAUGGAGCCGAUUGCAGCAUUCGUUGCCGACAUCCACCAAGCCAUCCAAAGCGGUGAUAAGGAAGCCGUCGUCGACCGAUUGACCUCCAUCUCCAACCGCCAGCGUCAACAGCUCCGCGAGCUCUACUUCCACACCUACGACAUCGAAGUCGACAAGGCUCUCGACAAGAAAUUCUCCGGCGAUUUGGGAACGCUCCUUCAAGCGCUCGUCGACACCCCGCUGGAGUAUGACCUCAAACAGCUGAAAAAGUCGAUGAAGGGACUUGGCACUGAUGAGAAUGCUCUCACUGAAAUUAUCGUCACCAGGACCCCGCAGCAGAUGAAGUACAUCAGGGAGGGAUAUGAAGAGCUUUUCAAGAAGAACCUUGCCAAGGAAAUCGGGGGAGAUACCUCUGGAGACUUCAAAGAAGCUUCUGAUCGCUAUCGUCAACGGAAGCAAGGACCAAUCUUCGACCCCGCCAACGCUUUCUUGCAAUGCUGUGAGACCCAGAACCUCUACCAACUCCGUGAGCUCUUCGAGCGUCUCACCGACCUGUUGAAGAAGCCGGUGGAGCAGGCCGUCGACAAGGAGUUUAGCGGUGACAACAAGAUUGGACUGCUUGCUGUUGUCCGCGCCACCCAAAACAAACAGCGGUACUUCGCCAUGCAGAUCCAGAACGCUGUCAAGGGAUUCGGCGUGAAGGACAACGACUUGAUCCGUGUGCUCGUCUCCCGAUCGGAAGUUGAUCUCAAGCACAUCCGUGAGGAGUACUUCAAGCUGUAUGGAAAGAAGCUGGAGGAUGUCAUCCAGGUUGAUGCGGAUGCCUUCGAGCCGAGCAACGACCAAGAAAAUGUACCAAACGGAAGCGAGGACCCCAAAAUACACGAGGUAAACGAGCACAAAUUUGUGGCCAAGACCUUCCGCCAGCCGACGUUCUGCUCCCACUGCCGCGAGUUUAUUUAUGGCCUCGGAAAACAGGGCUAUCAGUGUGUCGGUUGCCGAACCUCUGUCCACAAGAAAUGCCAUCAAGACGUUGUCUAUUCUUGUUGUGAAGCCGUUGUGCACAAGCGCUGCCACGACAAGGUGAGCUGCAAGUGCAGCAAAGCGGAUGAGCCGGAAGCCGAGGAACAGGGCGCACUCAGCGAAGGAAAUGAGGCCCCACACGUCUUCGCCGCCCGCACCUUUCACAAACCGACAUUUUGCGAUCACUGCGGAUCUCUACUCUACGGUCUGGUCCGCCAAGGGAUGCAGUGCAACUCUUGUCACUCUAACGUGCACAAGCGCUGCCACGAGAAUGCAGCGCACAACUGUGGCAUGGAGCCGAUUGCAGCAUUCGUUGCCGACAUCCACCAAGCCAUCCAAAGCGGUGAUAAGGAAGCCGUCGUCGACCGAUUGACCUCCAUCUCCAACCGCCAGCGUCAACAGCUCCGCGAGCUCUACUUCCACACCUACGACAUCGAAGUCGACAAGGCUCUCGACAAGAAAUUCUCCGGCGAUUUGGGAACGCUCCUUCAAGCGCUCGUCGACACCCCGCUGGAGUAUGACCUCAAACAGCUGAAAAAGUCGAUGAAGGGACUUGGCACUGAUGAGAAUGCCCUCACUGAAAUUAUCGUCACCAGGACCCCGCAGCAGAUGAAGAAAUCGGGGGGAGAUACCUCUGGAGACUUCAAGAAGCUUCUGAUCGCUAUCGUCAACGGAAGCAAGGACCAAUCUUCGGUUGUUGACCGCGAGUUGGCUCACCAGGAUGCCAUCAGACUUGUUGCCGAUGAUGGAAAACUCAAGACCCCCGCCAACGCUUUCUUGCAAUGCUGUGAGACCCAGAACCUCUACCAACUCCGUGAGCUCUUCGAGCGUCUCACCGACCUGUUGAAGAAGCCGGUGGAGCAGGCCGUCGACAAGGAGUUUAGCGGUGACAACAAGAUUGGACUGCUUGCUGUUGUCCGCGCCACCCAAAACAAACAGCGGUACUUCGCCAUGCAGAUCCAGAACGCUGUCAAGGGAUUCGGCGUGAAGGACAACGACUUGAUCCGUGUGCUCGUCUCCCGAUCGGAAGUUGAUCUCAAGCACAUCCGUGAGGAGUACUUCAAGCUGUAUGGAAAGAAGCUGGAGGAUGUCAUCCAGGCCGAGACCAAGGGAGCCUACCGCGAGGGACUGCUGCGCAUCCUCCGCGGAAACUAU